AUGGCCAAACACCAUCCGGACCUGAUAUUCUGUCGCAAACAGGCGGGUGUGGCGAUCGGCCGCCUGUGCGAGAAGUGCGACGGGAAGUGCGUUAUCUGCGACUCAUUGGUCAACCCGUCGACACUCGUCCGCAUAUGCGAUGAAUGCAAUUACGGCUCAUAUCAGGGCCGGUGUGUCGUGUGCGGUGGCCCCGGCAUUAGUGAUGCCUACUAUUGCCGCAGUUGUACGGUCUUGGAGAAGGACAGGGAUGGCUGUCCCAAGAUUGUCAACUUGGGCUCCAGUAAAACGGAUCUCUUUUAUGAGCGCAAGAAGUAUGGCUUCAAAAAGAGGUGA